AUGAAUAAUGACAAGGUGCCUCCAACGGUGGAAAAUGAGGUAUCGAAGGGUGAUGCUAAUGGGUCUCAUGAUAAGAUUGAAAGCACCCCCAUCGACAAAAAGGUGAAGGAGGCUGCUAUUGAUGUUGGGCAAUUGAGUGGCGCCUCAAUUAUCAGCUUAAUGCUGGGCAAUUUUAAAGAAAAGUAUAAAUGUCCUCGAUCAGGAUGUGGCAGAUUGUUCGAGAGGAAACACGCGUAUGAAAAACACUUGGAAAAACAUGAAAAGGAACGGGAACGGGCGGAAAAGAAAUUACUUGAGUUGGAAAUGGAAGAGCAGUUGGCAGAAGAUUUCGAUGAGGUCGAAGAAAAUCUGGAUCAUUUCUCUGACUUGGAUGAGUCGGAUCUAAUAGACGAUGAAUCAGCACAAGAGAACGUAUCUGAUUCUGAUAGCUCUUUGGCCGAGGAAAUCGAUGAAAGGCAAAAUGAGCUCGACAUGCUCAUAGCGGAACAGAUGCAAGGUAUUUAA